UUGUUUCUCUUCUUCUCUCUUUACUCUUCGAGCCCUCUUCCUCCUCUUGCCAGUCCAUCCCCUCCUUCUCGCCUCCUCUCCCCCUGCCUUCUUCCCAUCCCCUGCCCUUCCGCCUCCAGCCCGGCACCCUCUGACGAUCACCCCCUUCGCCCAAGUCCUCCAUCGCCUCGAACUUCCUUCAUCCCACCUCAUCUCGCAAGACCCCUCCUGUCUCAUCCCUUCCUCUCAUCCUUCUUCACCCUCCUCCCUGCUUUGCCCGCCCUUCCAAGAGAAACCCCUAACAUGAAGCUAUCAAGGGCCACCCAGUUUCUGGCCUUGUGUGCAGCCUCGCUGCUGGUCACCCUCCCGUCUCUUACCCACGCACAGGGCCUCACUCAUGGCCCUCUACUACCCGGUGCGACCGAACACGCGACCGAAACCGCGACCGAACCCGCGACCGGGGCGCCUCAUCCUUCAGCUGCAACACCUACUCCCACCACGACUACGACCACCACGACCGCGGCCGCCCCUCCAGUUGCCACGACCACUGCACCUGCUGUAACAACAACAGCAAGUGUCACCACGACCGCUGUCCAUACCUUGACCACCUCGAGGACCACCGUAGCCGUGGUCACUACACUCACAGGCACAAUAGCUCCAACAACAACCGCCCCUGUGCUUCCGACCGAUGGCUCAUGUCUGAACUCCUUGACCUGCACAGGAGGGCAGAUCUGUGGUCUCGCUGGCAACUCUACCACUGGCAUGUGUAUGAAGGUCGCCAAUGUCUGUGCUGCCCAGCCGCUUCAACCCUGUGUCACCAGCGCAGACUGUCUUAACGUUGCGUUCUCGUAUUGCGCUGUAUUCAAUGGUUCAAAUGUCUGCACCGGAACUGGAAUCCCUGGAACGGACAACGAGUGCCAACAACCGGCUGACAACAGCUCCGUCAUGUCCACGCUCAAGUUUGCCGGUAUUGCUGUUGGAUCUGUCGCAGCGCUGGGUGUCGCCUUUGCUCUCGUUCGCUGGCAACGUCGUCGUCAGCGCUCAAAGAUGCCCGCGGAGAUGUUCGGAGAGAUGGACUAUGGUGCACCCAAGGCUGUCGAGAGCUAUCCGUUCUCGAGCCGUCCCAAUGCUCAUGGAAACGACCAUGCUCCCUCACCACCCGGUUUCAACGACGGAUACGACAACCACAACCAGUACUACGAAGAACCUGUUGGGUAUACUAACAACAUGCACGCGGGCAAGAUGCACCAGGAUCAGUACCAUGGCCAUGACCAAUACGACAACAACCAGUACUAUGGCAAUGGCCAGAAGGACGAUGGUUAUGGCUACAGUCAGCAUGGCGGCCAAACUAACGAUGGCUACUAUGACAACACUGGAUACGAUGAGUAUCCCCAGCAUCCGAUUGCGUCUCCUGCAGCUGCCAGGGCUGCGUCACCGCGCCAUCAGAACUUCAAUGCCAUGGAUGGCUAUGGUGCCGAGCCUUCAGAGCUGGACUUUGGUGGGCAUGGGCAUGGUCAAGUUGCCGGACACGGUGGAUAUGGCGGUGGUCGCUAUUAAAACACAGGUAGAAAGGCAGUUGUUUUGUCUUCUGUCCUCCCAUCUCCUCAUGUACUUUUCUCACUUUUGUUUAUCUUGGUAUUGAAAUAAACGGAAAACGAAGC